AGUGUGUCCAGGCCUUUAGGCACUGCCGUCCAGUGUUAUCAAUUGAUGGUACUUUUCUGCUUGGCAAGUACAUGGGCACUCUUUUGGUAGCCAUUUCCUGUGACGCUGACAACGCAUUGGUUCCUUUGGCUUUUGCUUUGGUGGAGAGAGAGAACAAAGACAGCUGGGGUUGGUUCAUGCGCCUUGUUCGGAUACAUGUCAUUGGCCCACAUAGGGAGGUUGGUGUCAUAUCUGAUAGGCACCAGGGCAUACUCAGUGCCGUACAGGAGCAGAUUCCUGGUUAUGCACCUUUGCACCAUCGUUGGUGUACUAGACACCUUGCAGAGAAUUUACUUCGGAAAGAUGGUACGAAGGACAACUUUCCUCUAUUCGAGGAGGUUGCUCGAAUGCUUGAGGUGCCGUUUUUUGAGGAGAAGUUGGAGCAGUUAAAAACCGCAACAAAUGCAGAAGGUAGGCAGUGGCUGCUAGGUUUGAUGAGGGAACCUGAGAAAUGGACAAGAGCCCAUGAUAAUGGUGGAUGGAGGUACGAGUUUCAGACUAGCAACAUGGCAGAGUCAUUUAAUAGUGUGCUCAAGGGUAUACGUGCCAUGCCAGUCAAUGCCAUUGUAUCUUUUACCUUUUAUAGACUAGUGGCCUGGUUCAACGAUAGACAUGCUCAAGCAUUGCAAUUACAGAGUAAUAAUAUAAAAUGGGCACCUAGAGCUAAGAAGCACCUUGACAAGGCAAAGGAAAGGGCUAGAACACAUGACAUAGAGUGUUUUGACCAUGCCACUGGCAAGUACCAGGUCACUGAAAGGGGUGGUACAACGUCAGAUGGUGAGAUCCGACCAUCAAGGAGUUAUAUUGUUGUCCUGACUGAUUUUUCAUGUGGAUGUGGGAGACCAAGACAGUACCACUCUCCUUGUUCUCACUAUAUUGCAGCAGCUAGGCAUCGCAACUUUGACUACGAGACCAAGAUACCAUGGGAGUUGAGUGUUGAUAGCCUUGUGCUAACUUGGUCGCCCCGUUUUGAGCCUUUCCUAGAUGAGGGGCAGUGGCCAGAAUACAUUGGCCCAAGGUACAUUGCAGAUCCAGGUGCUCGCUGGAACAAACGUGGAACCAGAAAGCGUACGAGGCAUAAGAUGGUCAUGGACCAGAUUUCAGGUAGAACGAGGCGAGGGAGAGCAACCCCGUUUGUUACUGACCCCGAGCAAAAUCAAUGUGGCAAAUGUGGUAGACUUGGACACAACUCGCGUACUUGCCAUUGGCCGCUAAGUCAGGAUGGAGCAGUUCCACCUCCUGGAUCCAUACUACGAGGUGAAGCACCGAGGACGACUCACUGCCGAGGGGGCGGAACUACCCCCGCUUCGACCUCGAACGCAUGACAAGUUCGAGGAGAUGCGGUAUGACGACAGGUACACACCUCUGCUGCAGAGGGCUGGCCUGGAUGUCAUAUCGUAUCAGGUUCGUCGUGGGUUGCCUCCAAUUAACCCCGCGGCGAUCACAGCUUUGGUUGACAGGUGGAGGCCAGAAACUCAUAGUUUCCACCUACCUUGUGGAGAGAUGACUGUUACACUCCAGGACACUCAGAAGAUCCUGGGUUUGAGUGUUAGAGGUCGUCCAGUUAUCGGACACUGCAGGCCCGAUGGUUGGAGGGCCAGAGUUGAGGCCUUCCUUGGAAGACCACUUCCUCCGGAGGCACCGACGCAGCGCACCACUGGGGUACCAAUUGCUUGGCUUAGGCAGAGCUUUGGUAAUUGUCCGGCACAUGCGGACCAGGAGACAGUUGCCUACUACUGUAGAGCUUGGAUCUUGCACCUAUUUGGGUGUGUUCUUUUCCCUGACGCGACAGGGGACACUGCAUCGUGGAUGUACCUCCCGUGCCUCACUGACUGGGACACCACAGGUACUUACAGCUGGGCUUCGGGAGUGCUGGCUUACCUAUACCGUAGCCUUUGUGAGGCGUGUCGUCGGACCGCAAGUAGUUCUUCCGUUGGUGGUUGUGUUUACCUACUGCAGCUUUGGAUGUGGGCUCGUCUUCCAGUUGGACGGCCCAUAGUUGACGCUCCUCGGGAAUGGUUUGCAGUGGGCAACCUUCGUCACCGUCCGAUGUUUGCCCAUCUUUGGGACCAGGCGAAAGUCGCCUUCAGCAGGACUUCACGUUAA